AGGGUCCGUAGCCAUUUUGGCUCAAGCAGUUGUGGCUCAAGGAUUACGUGCUGCGUCACUUCGCGUCCUCUCGCGCCCCAGGUGCGAGCAGCGCGGCCCCUCGAACGCUGUGGUCCGUUUGCCAAGCAUGGGGAAGAACAGAAAGCGAAAUGGGAAUGCUGCUGCUGGAGCACCCAGCCCUGCGGUCGCGUGGCGCCCGAAGGGGCAGCAAGCCAUGGCUGAUGACGACCCUUCCGUUGUCGAGAAGGCGGCCGCAGAGUUCGUGAAGGUGGUCACUUCGCAGGUGCACAGGCUCAGAGAGGAGCUCGACGCUGUUCGGCAAGCAAGAGCCAGGCUGCAGACGGAGUAUGACCAGCUCGCCUGUCAGGCGGCAGCCGGCCGCGACAAGUUGCGCGACCUGUCCGAGCAUUUGAUGGCAAUCCAAGCUGAGAAAGACGAGCUGGUAGUCCAACUUGCAGGUGCCGUGGCGAGAGGUGCCCAAAGCAGCCAGAUUUCUGACCAAGCGGGCUUCAGCGGUGUGGAGUGGCGCUUCGAGGGCCACCCAGGCGAGUGGACCAGUCUACCCGCUGACCGAAGUGCUGACCUCCAGAAGCAUUACCAGAAUUUCUUGAAGGGCGGCGACUCCAUCGUUCGAAUGCGUUCGGGCGUCGAGGAGUACUCGUUCGACUUCAGCACACUGUCGCAAACGAAUAUCAGGACCAACAAAUCCCGAGCGAUCAAGGGUCAUCUGCAUGCCCCCAGCAACUGGACGCGGUGCGUGCAUCUGGGAAACAUGUUUAAGGUGACGGAAUUGGAAUCGGUUGAGUUGUCUGGGUUCACACUCGUGAGCGGUGCAAAUGUGGACGGCACCUAUGUGUUAUCGAGCUUCCACACAAUCAACGGUUCUCCUUGCUGGUGGCGCGCAGACGGACAAUCAUUCAUCUACGCGUACGAAAAAAACAUUGCUAUUAGCCCUGUGAGUUGUGAAUUCCCAUCCAUCCGGGCCAACAUUGUCCAGGGUUAUCGCUGGGCUCGGGGAUGUUUUUUGUACAGAGGUGCCGCGGAUCCAAGACGCACCACCAACGGUUGGUUACGUUGUGGGGAGGGGGGCUGGAAAGAAUGCAGCACAGCUCAAAUCGCGUCACAUGGACUGUGCAGCACGCCGCCUUUAAUGGAGAUGGCCGUCGAGUUUACGGACACGCAGACACUCCGUGCCUUCAGCCAGCUCUUCCAGGACAGCGCGAUUCAUGCAGCGCACAUUCACGGCGCCAGUAUCUGCGACAAGUUCAAGACGAAUGCGAAAGUGGUACGGGUUCUGAGGAUCGAAAAUUGGCACUUGUGGGCGAAGUACCAGAACCAUUUGCAACAGGUGAAGGGAGACCUUUUGAAAUUAGGAGUCGUGGUCGAACCUGUUGAGCCCGCUCUCCCAGCAGCGCUGAGCAAUCUUCCGGACCAAUGCGGAUGUAUGGAUGUUGCAGUUGGGGAGCAGAUGUUAUUCCAUGGCACAGAUCACGAGACCGCCGCGAAGAUUGCGCUCGGUGGCUUCGACUUCCGCUUGAGCAAGCCAGGCUUUUACGGGCAGGGGGCAUAUUUCGCAAGCCAGGCAUGCAAGAGCCACCAGUACACCGGCAAAUGCUUUGGCUUGCACACCAUAAUCCUCAGCCGCGUUGUUUUGGGCGACGUCUUCUACGCGACCAAGGUCGAUAGGGAGUGCAAGAGACCGCCGCCGCGGGCGGGCACGUCGAGAUGCUGCGACACCGUAGUGGCCAGGCCGGGCCCGAUGCCCGGCCACCCUCAUGGGGAGCAGAUCCACCAAGAAUUUGUCAUUUUCGACAAAUUCCAGGCGUACCCCGAGUUCCUCGUGCAGUACACGUGCGAUGAUGCCUGAUGCCUCUGCGCGGGCAGGGCAAGCCUGGCGCAGAGCGUCCAGGAGCUCUGCCCACCAGGCGCAGCCGAAGCACACGGCCCCCUUAUCCUCCGCAAUUCCCUGCAGCGUCCUUGGGCAUGCAGCGACUGGUAAUGAGACCACCUGCAGCAGAGCCAAGACGAUGUCCAUAUGGGGAGGCAGAUGUAGCAUUCCUGGCGGGACUUAGACUGGUCCUGUUGCCCGUAACGCCGCAGGCCCACUGGCCGCGUGAGGAGGAGAAGGAUGAGGCACAGGAUCACCAUGUCUGUCUUUCGAAUCGGGGACGCCCCUCGCGAAUUCGCUGCCCCGCCCCCUGACGACGCGGCAGGGGCGCGGCCGUUCCCCUCGGGCUCACACGGCAGGGGACCCGCGCUCUUGCCAGAGGUCGCUCGAGCGCGGCAUCGGAAUUUGCCUCGGAGCGGCCGCCCGUCACUCUCCCAGGAUGCCGCUCUGCGACGCAGGCCCGAAGCCGCACGCCGCAGCACGCGGCCGCGCAGAAAAAAAACAGAAG